UUGGAAAUAGAAAAUGUGGAUAAAAUGGCAUUACAACAGAAAAUCAUUUCGAUAUUGAUGUGCAUUUUAUUGAUUAAAAUAUUAUGUAUUUUUGGAAAAGAGUCAAAGGUUAAAGUGAAAAUAAACACUUCUGAACGUAGACCAAUAAUACGGCCCACCGGUUAUAUUUACAGUCAAAUCGGUGACGAUCAACCACAAAUAAUUUAUUUAAACGAUGACAAAACGACAGAGUCAGAGAGCUUAGAAACAACCAGCCCGAAAAGUGAGCGACAAAAUACAGCAGUGCCGUCAGUGAGCGAUAGUCCGACGCAGAAAAAUAUCGAUAAAUUCGUGAAAUUGGCAACGAAAUUUUUUAAAAGACAAAAAUCACAUUCGAAUUCCAGUGUUGACUCAACGACAAAAGCCACUCCACCGUCAAAGAAACAUAAUAAACAUCAUCCAAACCAUAAUUACGAUAAGAAAAAUAACACUUAUGAAACGCAUGAAAAACAUUCACACGAAGACUUGCAACAGCAACCAAAUUAUUAUAUGCGUAGUCGACCGUAUGGAAGAUCACCUUAUGGACUUGUUGUUCAAACACCACCUACAAAAGGAAUGCUGGCAAAUUACAAAACGACAAAGAACUCUCCAUUAAUAUUUGGAAAUCCAUUUGGAUUUUAUCGGCCGAUACAUAGAAAAAUACAUCUUGUGCCAUUACCAAAAAGACCACCACAGCCACCACCAUCGCCGCCUCUUUUUAAACCUUCAACUCGAAAACAUACACCAAAACAUGAAGAUCCAAAAAAACAUGAUGCACCAAAAGAACAUGAUUCACCGAAAAACCAUCAACCUCCAAAAAAGCAUGAACCCCCCAAAAAGCAUGAAUCGCCGAAAAAACAUCAUAAAGAAUCCGAGCCAUCCAAAGAGGAAGAAGAAGAAGAGAGUUCCGAACAUAAAAGUGAAAGUAGCGAUGAUGCUGAGGGUGAUGAUGAAAGCAACGAGAAAAGCGAGAGCGAGAGCGAGAGUGAAGGCAGUGAAGGAAGCGAUGGACACGAAGACGACGAUAAUUCUGAACACGAAUCACAUGAGAAGAAAGUGCACGAAAAGCAUGAGGACAAAGAUGAAAAAGUUGACAAGAAGAAACGUCGUGGUCAUAAGUCGAAUAAAAAAUCUGACAAGGGUGGUCAUAAUGUCCAUGAAUCGGGUUUUGUAAAAACUGGUGGCGCAACGUACAAUCAAGAGGGUCGAAAGCGAAAAGGUUUCGAAACCGAUAAGGGCUUUAAUAAAUUCGACAGUUUUGGCAAAGGGCGUAAAAAGCAUUAUGAUGAAAAACACCAUUUGGAAAAUCAAGACAAGAAUGAGGCAAAGAAAGCGGCUGCAUACGAUACAUCAAGCGGCCAUGGAAAGCAUCAUGAGAGCUCACGUGGCGAUAAAGGCGACGAAUAUAAAAAAGUGCACACAUUCUAUGAUGACGCUGACCAUCGCGGUAAAUUCAAGAAAUUCGGCAACGAGUACCAAAACCAUGACUACAACAAAGGCAGCUCGGAUGAUCAUCAUCAUCAUGAUGGUGCACACAGCGACGGAAUUCUUUCGAAAAAUGGAAAAUUAAAGAAGGGAUACGAUGAUCGUGAGGACAAGCGCUACGCCAAAAAGCACGGCCACGAUAAAGAACAUUUUGACGAAGAAGAUUAUGCCAACCAUAAUCAAUCCAAGAAGAAACACUACAAGGUAUCAUGGUAGAUAUUUAAGAA